GCUGACUUUGAUGAUUUUGGCAAAUUUUGGCGUUUUUGACAACCUUUGACAAUUAUUAAAAUGACCUCGACGUUAAUUCAACGGAAAAAGCCUAAAGACGGGUCAGAAACUAGUACUAGCUUUCAAAUAACGAAUAAUAUCCAACAAACGAUUGAGGAGCCUAAAUUUACCCUUCCAGAAGAAAUAUUCCUUUUGGCUUUGAAAGAUCAAGCUGGUCACCCUUCGUUUUGGAACGAUUGCCUUUCGAGCGGUCUUCGUGGUUGUGUCUUAAUUGAAUUAGCAUUUCGAGAUCGAAUUCAACUUGAAGAACAAGGACUGCGACAGAAGGAUAUAAGGAAAAGGAAAGUUAUCGUUAAAGACGACACCUUAACCGGCGAUGUUAUCUUAGAUGAAACUAUAAAACAUAUGAGAUCAACACAACCGUGUUCUUUAGAAAACUGGGUGGAGUAUCUUACUGGGGACUCGUGGAAUCCUCUCCAUUUAAAGUAUCAGUUGAGAAAUGUUCGAGAGAGAAUAGCAAAAAAUCUUGUCGAAAAAGCGGAUGUUUCAGCGAAAAAAGAUGUGAUUCGCAAGAUACAGAAUUUAUUACUGGCAGGAUGGAAUCACGAUCCACAGCAUUACGAUAAACGAGAUUUGGCGUUAGCUGUAAUGGCUCAUGAAAGCGACGUGCUGGAGAACGCGUUAGAAACUUUGAGUGAUGAAGAUUAUGACCUGGCCAUGUCGCGGAUGAAUCAACUUGUUAAAAUGGACGUAGAAACGGAAUGCCGCCGUAAAAAUUCUAACGAAUUUCUAUGGGCGGUAUUUGCUGUAUUUAUAAAAUAAAGUUUAGAAAUAAACGGAU